ACUCUAUCGAGCCUAUCGAUCGAUGGGGUUUGUCUUUGUAAGCCUUCGUCUCGAUUGUUGACUGGAUGCACACAUCAUGCAUCAUGAGCAUAGACUCAUAGAGGAUUUUACUGAAUAUAGUGUUCUUACCGAUGAGUGAUAUAUCUAUGGAAAGUACCAGAAGUGUGUUGUUCUUGCUGUUGCUGCUAUCUCAGACACUGUCAGCAAAUGCAUCAAGGAAAGGUACUGUACUCGCUUAACUCAGUGUUAGUGUUAGUACUGUUAGUGUUAAGAAACUGCACUACUACUAAGCCUAAGCUAAGUCAGUAUAAUUAGCUCAUAACUGAGCUAGGCCACUUCAGUAUAUGACAUUACUGAUGAUUAAAAAUUCAUAUUACUUGAAUGUGUAGGUUACUAUUAAGUCUACAAUUACCAAGGAAUCAUUUUUUGUUUGGGCCCACUAUCGCCUCGCCUAACUUAACUACUAUGACUAUGAUGAGUAUCGUCUAGAGUUAUUAUUUAUUAGUCUAUCUAUACCUAUAUUUAAAAACAGGAUCAUAAAAAUAUAUUUUAAUCAUAAAAAGAAAUGCAAAAACAGUGUUUUCUUUCUUUGAUCUUUGUAAAUGAAUAAUCUUAGUGAUGUUGAUAGUCAGUCUGACUCUGAUAAAAAAAAAAAAAAGGAAUUCCUGUAUACAAUCAAUGAAUCAUAAAUGCAAUGGUCCAAGAACAACAUUUUUAAAGAAUCAAAAAUACAUGUUAAGUAGCCUAAUAUAAAAUAAUUGUUCUUAAAAAAUAUAUUUUAAUAAUAAAAAGAAAUGCAAAAACAGUGUUUUUUUUUUUUGAUCUUUGUAAAUAAAUAAUCUAAUAGAUGUUGAUAGUCAGUCUGACUCUAAAAAAAAAAAAAAAAAAAGGAAUUCCUGUAUACAAUCAAUGAAUCAUAAAUGCAAUGGUCCAAGAACAACAUUUUUAAAGAAUCAAAAAUACAUGUUAAGUAGCCUAAUAUAAAAUAAUUGUUCUUGAUCUUUUUGAUACAUACAUUACACACUCAUACACUAUUUUGGAGAUUUUUUAGAACAAUUAUUUAUGUUCAAUGAAGAAAGUAGCCAGUUAAUAGUACUGUAUGAAAUUAGUAAGUGCACAAAUCAUCUCUGAACCACAUUAUUAUCUACCAUCAAGUGACAAUUUAAUGCCAUAUCAACCAGGGUUGAGAUGAUUUAGAUCAAAUGAUUUAAAUCAUUAAUUUAACCCACGAACUGUGGCAUAGAUCAUUCUGUAGUGUGGGAGCUUUUCAGAGCUUUUUGAGUGCCUUUAGAAAUAGCAUUAAAUGACACAGAAAUACUGAUACAAGACCCCAAUAAUUAUAUGUUUUUAGAAAGGUAAAUGGAUGGGAAUAACGUUGCCUAUAUUGCCCACCCAUAAAAAAAAUUGUGCUCAGUGUCCUUGACCUCAGGAGUGCUCCAGAAAAAAAAUCAACAAAAUGUAUUGCUUUCAAGUGCUCAUAAAAUCAUUAAUUUUUAUAAAUUCCAUUAAAAUGAUAUACAAAUGUGGUAGCCAAUUCAUUUAUCUUUCAGAAAAUGUAUAGUUUGCUAAGGUUUCGAUUACAUUUAAAAGCCUCUGAAAGCAAUUUUAGUAAUUUUAGGUCAUUUAUUACUAUAAAAAAAAUAUGAAACUGGGACCGCAGUUAAAACCAAGUACAACAUGAAAAAUCUCAGGCAAAAAAGUUAUUAUUGACUAGAAAACAUUUAAAAAGGAACUGUGGCACUGAUUUGGGUUGUUUAACUAUAAAAUUUAUUAGUUCUGAUCUAUAAUCUAUAGCUUCUGUGACUGCCCAAUCUCCGGGCCUGGCUCGAAGUCUAAUAGUAGGCCUACUUCAGUAUUACUAAGACUAGUAUUAGAUUCAUUAGAAGAAGAAUCUGAAAUGAGAUCGUCAUGGGGAAUGUAAAAAUCAUCAACAGUAUCACUUAAAUCCUCUCCUAAAAGGCUUUCAAAAAUAUUUCUAUUAGUUCUUGUACUAAAGGCCAGCCAUGCCUUUAGCUGCGAUAUAAAAUUCCGAUCAAAAUCUACUUAUUGUUCAGUUAUCAACAAGCAGCUGGACCCUGAACAUGAUAUAAUUAUUAAUAAAAGGAAGUGGCUAUGGUUCCGGUUAAAUAUUAGAUUGGAAGUCGGACCGUGUUUUUAUCGGCAGAUUUUUCAGCCGCCACAGUACAGAACGAAAAUAUGGACAUUUUUUUUUUGGCCGACCACAGUCCGAGGGUUAAAUUGGAUACAUAAAAAUCAUGAUUUAAUUUUAAAAAUUAUUUUUACUUAUGCUAUUUUUAUCUAUCUAUUUAUUUUUUAAGGCACUUUCUAUAAAGGAAUCAUGUUACUUUUAAUGCAUGAUUAAUCACAUAAUAUAUUAUUUCUUAAUAUAUAAUUAUGAUGAGAAAUUGCCUUGAGAUUGAGAGAGCAAGAGAAUCAAGAAGGAUUUGGUGAAAUCGAAUAAGUUUGAUAGCGAUCGUUUGAAAGUCUGAAACUGAUUUGAAAUUCUUAUUCAUAUUGAUAGAGACUGUAUUAUUAAGACUAUGACUGUUGUUGAUUACUGGUAUAAGUUUUUUUUUAAAUUUGGGGUUAUUAUUUGUUAUUUCAUUAUCAUUUUAAUUGGAAUACAAUGAGAAAUUUUAAGUUAGGUGAAAAAUUUGAAAAUAUUUAAAUCCUUACGGUAAAAGCCAAUUUUAUAAAUUAAUAUUAACUACAUAAUAAUAUUUAUACAACAUUGAUAUCAUUCAAAACCUAAAGUUAUCCUUUAAAAAUGUGCAUUGGAAAGGGCUACUAUUGAUGUUCAACAUUAUGGGUGUUCAGACAACAGGCGCUGUUGUUUGAUUGUGCCAGUCACAAGCCGAAUUGAAUGGGGUUUGUAAAUAAUGUUAACCAUUGGUCAGGAAUCAAAACACAUGUGCUGCACUAAAGGAAGUGAUCAACUUUUGUUUCCUGAAUUUGUUUUUUUUUUAAGCGCAAAGGAGCUAUGUGCCCAGCAUUCCAUCCUCAGAAGUAGAAAAGUAUCACCCUUUAUAACAGGGGCUUUCUAUUGUGCUGUGACAAAAUCUGAAUCCAUCAAGUGUUUGAGUGGCUUAACAUUCAGCCCAGCUGAAUAAUAUCUGUGGCAAAAGUUUUACAAUUUUAUUAAUAUGAAUAUUUUACAAUGGUGGAUAACAGGGUUUACAGAUUCUAUGGGGUUUGAAAAGACAGCUUAAUCCAUGAACUGUGGCUGGUCGAUUAAAUCGGCCGAUUUCCUCUACCUGUACUCUGUUGGCCGAUAAAGAUUGUGUUGAAAGAACAACUGCCAGUCCAAUAUUAUACACUAAAUAAAACGACUUUCUUUUAAUAAUAAAUAUACUCCCAUUUUUCGCUCUUCUGUGUCCUUUUUUAAACUUUGGAGUUAGUUUUUACAACGAUCUAUAUCAAGCAAAUUUUAGUAAGUAGAUUUUUGCGAAAUGGAUGAGGCCAUAGCUGGACCAUCUGGCUUAUAAAAUAAAUUAGGAAUCUUUUUGAUAGUUCCUUUAAGUGAUUCGAAAGAUGAUUUUCCGAUCACACAUAAAGACAAUGAUAAUUCUGAUUAUUUUGCUAGUGGGUCAGAAAGUGAAAGUUCAGACGAUUUAGACCUAGCCCUAGAACAAGUAGGCGUACCGCAACAACAGGAAUCAAUCAAAACUAUGUUGCAGAUGAUUUUGUAUUGAUUAAUAAAACAUAUACAAAUAAUACAUUUUCUUAAAGAUAAAUAAAAUUGAUAUCAUAUUAUAUUAUAUACACAUUAUAAUAAUGUGCCUUUUAAAAAUUGUAGUUUGUUGUGCUUGAAAAUAAAACUUUUCAUUAUUCUCUUUAUCCUUGGUCACGUCAAGGUCACAGUCAUAGAGUAUAAAAUAGCAUUAAUAAAUACCCAUUAUGAUCCCCCACUCAGUCUACUUUCAAUAACAUAUACUUUAUGGUGUAGAGCUAUAAUAUUUGCAUGUGAAAAAAUCACCUUUUUCAGAGGCACCCAAAAAGCUCUAAAUUGUUCAUUCCUUUCACUAGUUCUAGUGUAUUAUGAGAUAUAAGGAAUAAAAUAUUGUUUAUAUACAAAUAUAGAACAAAAACAAUCUCUAUAUUUUUUUAAAAUAUGUUAAAAAAUUAACUUUUCCUAUUUUAGUUUUUGACUUGCAAAGCACCAAGUUGGAAUGUUUAAAAUUUAUACAGGCACUACCAGGCAACCCCUCCUCCCUCGUUAAUUAUGAAUUAAGCAUUCAUUAAGGAAUAAAUGAUAUAAUCUUCUGAUAAUAGGCAGGACAGGGCCUUAAGACGUUCCUCCGAGGGCUUGUUAAUCAUCAUUACACCAAAACAUUUUAAGGGGAAUUUUAAGAAAUUCUUAAAAUGCCCUGACUUACUCCUCAACUAUAUUGUGUCCAGAGAGAGCAGUUUAGUUACAUUCAUUGAGGCUGACACAAUAACCAAGCACCUCGACUGGAGAUUCAGAAAAAUGCUGAAGAUUUUUGGCUAUUUUACUUGUUAAAAUCUAUCUUAAAAUUUUUAAGAUGCAAAGGUGAAAGUACACUGAAAUCUAAUAUGCAGCUGAUUUUUUACAGUGUUUGGAUGAGAAUUUUUUUUUUUUUUAAAUUUAAAAAAACAAUUUAACUGAUUAAUAAUUUUGAUUUGAUUGAAUUAAGAAUAAAAUUGUGCACAAAAAUUAAAGGCUACUUGUGUUAUAGGAUUUUUCUAAAUAUUCCAAUGACCCAUGCAUCAGUCAAAACAUCCUCGUGCAAUGUAAACGUUAAAUGUAAAUUAUAAAUUUAAAGUAACAAUUAUUAGAUUCUAGCGCCAGAAAAAAAAAAAAUUAAUGAAGAUGCUCCCUCAGGUAAUUAACACAAUGUUGACACAUUUUAUACCUACUCUUAUACCCUUUUUCUGCAUUUUUUAUUGAUUUCAUAGAUCAAGUUCUUUUUUAUUAUCAUUAAAUUAAUUAAUAGUUUUAUUUUGUUCAAUUCACCCUGAUUCUGUUAAUUUGACACGAGUUUUAUUUAUUUAAAACUUGUUUACAACUUUAAUUUCAGACUACAGACUUUCCCACCACCCCUCAUAACAAUUCAACUAUUUUGGACAUUCCAUUCCCUAAACUUUUCAGCGCCUAGUAAUUCUGCACAAUUAACAAAUGUUCCUGCUUAGUAUUACCGAUGUGACGAAAUAAAUAAUACCGUUAAAUUAAAAUAAAUUACAAAAAUGUGUGUGCAAUGGCAUAGGUUUUGAUAAAUAUAAUUUCCUGACAACUAUGUGGCUGAUUGUAUCAGACUCAUUGGAGUAUCAGAGUAUCUAGGGUUAGUUCCGUCCAAAAUAAGGAUUUCCCCAAACCCUUUCCUAAGCUCUUGAUUGCACUCAACCUUCGCAUUUUGACACUGUUUAUUAAAAUGCAAUGCUGCCGUGUAAGGAAAAAAAAAGGGGGGGGGGGAUUUGUUACAUUUAUGUUCAUGUCAACAAUAUAGAUCACAGUUCUCAAUUUCUGUGUGAUGGGGGGAAAUUCAGGCUCUCUCUUUACUGUAUUUCCACUCCCACCCCGUGCAGAAUUUCUUCCCUUGGCCUACCAUCACAUUGCGACAAAUUAAUCUUCUUAAUUUCAAUUGUCCGAGGAAAUGUUUAAGGAAAUAUUAACAAGGUGGGGGGGGGGGUUGUAAGAGGGUAUAAAUAAUAAACACGAUUUCGUCUUAGCUUGCCCUCGAGCAGGGAUCUAUAGGUAGACACGCAUUUAACAGAUACAACAAAAAUAGAAGCAUGAGAAAGGUGAGCUCCCAUGAAAACUGUUUUGUUUACGCUUGAAUACCACCGACGAUUACCGGUUGCAUUCCCGGGUGCCCCCGCCCCAACCACGCCAUUCUUUACACCCCCCUCCCCCCACACACACACUCAUCCCGCGCGGGGGUCAUCCUGGCGUGUUUGUUGCCUCUUGACAAAUCACUUUUAUGUCAUACCUAUAUACAACGUGAGCACACGGCAGUUAGAGAGACAUACAGGGCCUUCCCCAGAGAUGUUACACAUGGAAACCCUCAUUGGCAUCCUAUAUAAAUGGGACGAUGUAACCGAAAGUUAGAAAGUUCAAAGUUGUGGCUCUUAAAAUGGGGCUCAAUGAAGAAUGGCCACACUUUGAUGCAAGAACAUUGUUUGGGAUCGGCUUACGAGUCUUUAAGCUCGAAAUGGCGUAAAAAAAAUGAUCUAUUUUUUAAAAAAAAAAAACGUCUAUGGUUGAAAAUGUUUGGCUCCACAUUUAGAGGAUAUAAAAUUCAUUGGCAAUUAGCUAACGUAUAAAACUCAACGUGUACUACUGCAAUGAUAUAACUUCACAUAAUUGACACGUGGGCGUCCGGUGUUAUUAUUUUGUUGUUGUUGUUUUUUUUCCGCGUUGGCGAUUCCGCUGACCUGCAUCAACUAAAUUCCUGCCAAUAAAACCCGCCAACCGCACAACCCGUAUCAGAGGCGUAGCGAGGGUGUUCGGCGCCCGGGGACAAGAUCCAUUUUAAAGCGCCCCUUGUCUUUUUUUCAACUCUCAAACACAUUAUUUUCAUCAAUAAAAUAAUAUCAAAGCACAUUUUGGGGCCCCUAACUAGAUGGCGCCCGGGGACAUCUGUCACCCCCCUGCCCCCCCUCGCUACGCCUCUGACCCGUAUGUUAUUGUUGCAAUCACAGUUCUUUUGCAGCACGGAGUGUUUCUUUACUUACUAAACCAACGGGCACGAAACCUACGGGAGCGCGUACAAAAAUUAAACACUGCUUGGCGCGAAUGAUAUUUGAUAAAUGCACGUCUAGUUUCUGCAUAACCAAUCGACCAUUCCUUGUUGGCGGUUUUAACAACACGAACGCCCCACUUGAUUACAGUUCACACCAUUCUCCAAAAAAAUCGGACAGGAAAUUGUGGUGCGUUAAGAAAUAAUGGAAAUUAGUGUAUGCUGACAAGUUUAACAAGUGUUAUAAAAAAAUGCGAGUACUAGCUCAACUCUGUGCAGGUGGACCUCUCAGUGGAAGUUUGAGAGCAGGGGUCGGCAACCUUUUGAUAUUAUUAUUAGCUUACUAAAAGUAAGACUUUCUAAGCCAUUCAGCGUGCCAACAACUCAUACGUCUACCAUUUAUUAAGACGCAUUUUUUAAGCCAUUUAUAAUUAAUUCUGCUCUUUCGCGUGUCAGUGCAAAUCGCUGUGCGUGCCAAGUCAGCACGUCAGGGCCGGCGCUAGGGGAUGGCGAAGUGGACGACCGCCCAAGACCCCGCGUUUGCGGAGCCUCGCGCGUUACCUUAUGAUAUUUAUAAUAUACCUAAGCCUACUCCUAAAGCGCAUUACUCUUAUGGGUCGAGAUUCUAUCUCAUAGGAACCUGGCCAUGAAACAUGGCCCAGUAAUGGCCCAGUAGUCCCAGAGGACUCCGGCCAUGCAACACGGUCAUCAAGUGUGUGGGUUGAGGAGAAGGUUUUGCGUCGCCACCCCUCUUGCCCAAUGAGUCAUUCGGUCUAGACCAGUGGUUCUCAACCUUCCUAGUGCCGCGACCCUUUAAUACAGUUUCUUGUGUCGUGGCGACCCCCAGCCACUCAAUUAUUUUCGUUGCUACUUCAUAGCAGUAAGGAUACGUGUUUUCAGGUGGUCUUAGGCGACCCCUGGGAAAGGGUCACGCGACCCCCAAAGGGGUCGCGACCCACGGGUUGAGAACCGCUGGUCUAGACGUUAGUUUGAAAUGGCUUUGCUUCCUCUCCGGGGAUCAGUGUUGCGUUACUUCUCCCCACCUCCAGGGAGCUGUACUGUCCGUGGUGUAGUACGGCUUUACUUCCUCUCCGGGAGUAGUCUCGAGUAUGACUUUCUCCCACCGUUCCUGGACUUAGGUCGAAACAGCUUUGCUUCCUCUCCGGGAGAAGGUGUUGCGUUACGUUACCUCCCCCCACCGUCCAGGGAGCAGUUCUGUCGGGACGAAACGGUCACCUAGGAGCGGCUUUCUCAAGGCCGCAUGUUUUAAUCCCCGGCAAGGGUUUUAUUUUCACCCAGGCCUCAUAUCCAUUAUCGGCGACACGUAAUCAUGUUAGCGCGCAACUUCCGUUGCGUUGGAAGUCAUGCGUUUGGCUUGGAUCUUUAGGCUUCAGCAGUUUCUUCCCUACUAAUCUUCCACACCGCGUAGAGGUAAGUUUCCUCGGUGGUGUGCUCGCCUACCUAGAGGGGUUCGGUCGGGUCAAAACGAAGACCUAAGCCUACUAAAAGUUCCUAAUCCAGUCAACCUUGAUAUUGGUAACAAAGGAGCCGCGAUGAGUAAUUUGGGCCAGGGCAAUUAACUGUUAUAGGAAAAAAAUAGAAAUUCCGGAAACUAAGCGAGUGAACAAAUACCCGUUAUGACUCGUCCCAUCAUGACCAGCAAGGCCCCAGUACGACUAUAAAGUGUCUUAAUAUCAUACCGGCGAAAUACAUGACGUCAACGGCCCCGCAAAAUUCAAUUUGCCCAAGGACCGCACCCUCCUAGCACCGACCCUGAGCACGCGUGCCGUAGGUUGCCAAUUCCUGUGUUAGAACACGCGAAUACUGCAUUGUUAAAUUAAAAGAAUUGACCGAGCAGCGAUACUGUGACAUGGCACGGAAAGACAUAGCAUGGAUUACACCAGCUGUUUCCAUGGUGUUUUCUGGAUGACCUAAUAAGAAGAGCGAUGGUAUUAAAAAAAAACAAUAUUUACCGUACAAAAAAAAAAAGAAGGGUUCAAAAACUAUUCCGUUGCGCCACCGUGUUCAUUUAUUAGCGCAGAUAAAUGGAAACACAUAUUUGGUUUGUUUUGGCCUUAUACCGAUCAAAGUUCAAAGGUUUUAGUUGGAUAAGACUAAACUAUGAUUACUGGUCGAUCAGUAGCUAUCUCUCACCAAUAGACCAACUUCAUUAUUAAAAACGUGUGCAAAGUUUUAACGUUAACUCAAUCUCUAUUAUUACCGAUUAGGCUUAAUGAUUAGGUUCGCCUUGGACUUGGUUUUUCUUUUAAGUGUAUAUAUAUAAUAGAGCAAAGGCCUGAAACAGUCUUGGGAACCAUUUGUCGCUGUCAAGUCACACUGGUUGCGGUUUUGUUUUGUUUUUUUUUUGUUGUUUUUUUUUCACUCGUGAUUCAAAGUCUUCCACUGCCACAAAAUCGGUCCCUGGUGCCAAAAAAGUUGGGAACCGCUGGCCUGCGUCAGUCUACCGCACGCGCUGCGUUCUAAAGCAAAGGAUUUCAUUUUGGAAGGCCCGGCAUUUUAAGAGUAUCUCUUGUGUUUCCGAAAUGUUGAAAGGGGCUCCUCUAGAAGAGAUAAUGUCCGGACAUCCACCUGACCCCCUAAAGCCCGUAAUCAACGAGAGCUGUGGCUCAUUUUCUCCGUAAUAGCACCACAUGUGCAAAGACUAGAACUCCCGGGUACGAGAGACUCUGUGAGACACGUUAGGUCUGACAUUUUACUUACACGACGGCUAACUGGCGUGAUAACAGUACGACUUCUGUGCCGGCACUUUACCUAUAUAGCCGACGAGGACCCGGGCACCACUGAGGGGAACCCCCCCCCCUCCCUUUCAGUUGUACGAUUCGCGGGGGGCAGGUGAGAACGUAGAUACUGCUGAUACCAACCCCGGCGCCAAAAGUCUGCUCUCAUCGGGAUGGUACAACCGCUCGGUUCGGGCUAAUGCGAUGAAAGAUACAUUGGCGGAGAAUGGGGGCUUACGCGUAUUGCAUUCCCAAUUUAACGUGAAGUCAGUGAAGCGCCUGUUGGAAUGACAAAGCCAGGGCAAGAGGGCACUCAAAAGCCUUACGUUUUAUCUUAUUUAUUGGGGGAAGAAAAAGGAAGAAACGCAGAGGCAAAAUCUACCCUACAACCACCAGUUGUUGUGGGUUUUUUUGUUGUUUUUUGGGGUUUUUUUUCCUGGCUUUCAAAAUUUGAUAAUUAAAAAAGUGAAAUAGAGUAUGACAAAAUUGGCAUGUUACCUUUUUUUGAAACUGGUAAAACUAAUACUUCAUCAAGAUAUUCCCAUAUUGAUGCAUUCUGGCUGAUAAUAAUGAUACAUUAUCUCUCUGUAGCUGUACCGGUAUGUAGAAUCUCUAUUUGUUUAAAAAUAAAUCUCUCUUAGUCCUGACAUUUCCCUGUCAGUUAGCUCCCCCUGUGUCUCAGGUUACCUAAUGUAGAUAGUUGAGUUCGGGAGAUGAAAGACAGAACCAAUGCUCUAAGCUGUUGCCCAAUUUUGAAAGCUUUAUCUCUCUUUCCCCCCCCCCCACCUCCUCAACCUGUUGGGUAAAAACAUUUGCAUUUGGUAACAGCCCUGAGGGAGAUGAAAGACAGAACCACUGCCCUAAGCUUUUGCCCCAUUUUGGAAGCUUUAUCUCUCUUUCCCCCCCCCCCCCACCUCCUCAACCUGUUGGGUAAAAACAGUUGCAUUUGGUAACAGCCCUGGCUGACAUGCCUACAAAAAUAGCCAGACAUGAAAUUGUCAGUGGGGAAUUUAAGAGAUAGUCAAUCAACAAGCAGGCAUUUCUCAUGCUGAUGUAGGAAGUAUUUUGCAUUUUUUUUGUUUAUUGAAAUGAAAACAUUGUCUUACAGUUAUUGAGAUAAUUUAUACCUUUUUUGUGUGUGUGUGUGUGUGUGUGAAAACCAGGGAAUAGAAAAUUUGAAAAUAGAAAACCCCUUAAAAGAAAAACUAUGAGGCAGAGAAAAACAUAAAAAUAAUUAACCUUUAACCUUUUAAGCAAUAUUAAUGUAUAGGCCUGUAUUCUUAAAUAGUAUACAGGGUUUAUGGGUAGUAGUUUAUUGCUUAAGAGCGAAUGUUACCUGUCGACAUUUGGGUAAUAAACUUGAAUUUUUUUCCCUUUUUAAAAAAAAAACCUUCAAUUUAACACCUUGUUAAUACAUGCAUAGAAGACAGUAUUGAAUAUCCAGCAGUGAAUUAUCAGCGAAAUAUGAUGGGGAUUAGUGGCUUUUAUAACAAAAAAUAAUAAGACGCAAUGUUUGAAUGAUUCCCUAUUAGUGCAGUUUUGUAAAGUUCUAAUUUGGAGUGAUGGGAUAGACGUGUGCAAAACUAUUCCCCUCCACCAGACACAGGUGGGCUGCCCUACAGGUAGACCAUCUUAUAUUGGGUAUUCAUCCUCAUUUAUACUUCAAACAAAUAUACAAAUGUGAGAUCUGGACUGAAAUACCUUAGAAGCCAUGUGCACUGACUUACUCCAGAGAUCAAAAGCCUACCUGUUUAAAACUGAAUUCCUUCAGCUUAGCCAGUAUGGCUAGUUCUCUUUUUUUUUUCUUUUUUUUUUCCCCCUUAUAUUAUAUUAUAUCUGCAUGGAAUAUUGUAUUAAAGAAUGUUAAUGGUCCUUUGGAUCUCACCCUGAUGACUAAUAACAUUGCCUUAGCAAUAAAAAUAUCAUACCGUCUCAUUAUAUACAUUAUUUAAGGGCUAUACAAUAUUAACAUUUUAAUCAAAUAGUAUAUUUGUUUUUAAAUUCAGGCUUUUCAGUACAACUUUUCUUUCAUAGGUCGCACCUCUGUUGUGUGUAUUUGCUAUGAUAGCUUACACAGCAAAUUUUUAAAUUCCAUCCCAAGUUGGUUGCUGAUAUCCUCCUUUGAUGGAGAUUAUUUCACUAAGUGCUCACCUCCUCCCCAAGAAUUUCUACCUACCUUGGAUUAUGAAUCCAUUUCAUCUAGAUAUUUACUCAUACUUGGAAUAACCCAUGACAAAUUUAAACCCUCUACCAUUGAUCCUGCUUAUGUGUGUGAAUCUUAGCCUCUGUGUUUAAAGUUCAUUUGUUCUGGAUAGUGAAACAAUAUAUAAAUUUUUUUUGGACGUCUAACAUUUUACAAUACUAAAAAAUAAAAUCUGUUGAAUUUUUAAUUUAUUUCCUGUAAUAGCUCGAGACAUUCGUGACCUGAAGUCAAAAUAUGGGAACCGAAUUCUUCUGGACAACAUCAAGCAGCCUUAUGAGGUUAUAUAUCCACAACAAUUGGAUCGAGGCCGUCUCUCUGAUAUAUCCACCAGGAAACAUAAAACGAGACACCACGUACGAAAUAUUUUACAACAAUUCAUUUUUAGCACCUGUAUAUAACAAGAGAAAGCUUAUGAAGGAUUUUAAUAUUUUUUACAAAUAAAUUCCUGUGUAUUAAUUUGUAUUUUAAUACUUCUUCUUAUUCGUAUAUUUUUACAAAAAUAACAUAAAUGAUAUAUCACCACAUCCACCUUGACAGUUCCCACAAAGCACCCAUGAGCAUGUUCAGCAGUUCACCCUACAAGUUGUGGUUGAAGGAAAAAAUUACAAGAUCAGACUGCACCAAAAUGAGUGAGUGUAAAUUCUUUUUCUGUGUUGUGUGUUAACUUUUUAAAAAUACUGAAUACUUUCAAAAUAUUUACAAUCAAUAUUCUUGGGUGUAUUACUUUACUUUUUUCUUUUUUUACGUAGGGCUCUUUUGUCUGCGGGAAUCGAGGUAAAACAUUUUGAAGAAGACAACCGUCAAGUCAUAACAAAGGUAAAUUUACUAGUAAAACAUUUUGAAACAGCCAUUUGUUCGAAUUAAUGAAAUAAUGUAUAGGGCUCAUACUGUUUUAUGAAAAUGCUUUUCAGACAGUUGAGCAUUGCUACUAUCAUGGUCAAGUGAAGAAAGAUGAGUGGUCCAGUGUUGCAGUCAGCACCUGUAAUGGCAUUCGGUUAGUAAAAGUAUUAAUUCAGGUUUAUGUAAUUUAGAUAGUUAAACAUUGUCUUUAAUUUUGUAUUAUAAAUUUUUUUUAUGUUAGAGCUGUGCUUUAUGUAACUAUUCCUAAAUUCUACUCUUUCUGCCGGUAAUAUAAUUAUCUAAUUCGUACUGCGGGAUGUUACGUUCGUUACAACACAUUAUUCUUUGUUAUAUUGCAAAUUACUUAUUUUUAAAAUUAACAUACCAUUUACUUUUUUCAUUUGUUUAUUCUUUUAGUGGAGUUAUACAGAUGCACAAUGAGACUUACAUUAUUCAGCCCUUGAUUAAAGAUGAAAAUGUAAGCUGCCAUCUUUUGUUAGCAUAAUUAUUGUUGAAUAGGUUUCUCUUACAAUAGUUUCAAUGAGUGUGAUGAUAUCAAAAGCAGUUGUAUUUUUGUCCACACAAAGGUUUUUGGUAAAAUUUACUCACUGGGAACUUCAAUAUUUACUAUAUAUCUCCCUCAACCUUCCUGUCACAGGCUACGGAGCAUCCCCAUGUUAUAUUCAAGGCUUCAGCAUCUAAUGAGGAAAUUUGUGGUAAGUUAAAUUUUUUAAAUUAUUGCAGAUGUGCCAUUCAAUAUUUUUGCCAUUUCAAUCAGCAUUUCAUUAGGGUUAUUCGUUUAAAGGCUUCAGCAAAAAAAUUGAAAAGCAGAAGAACAAAAACUUAUUCAAAAUUAGUAUUUGAUUUUGAUUGCAUAUUUUAAUUUAUAAAAUUAAAGGGUAACAUAGCAACAAUUUUUUUUUCUCUUUCUUUUUAUUUUUAAAAUUAAUUUUUUAUUUUUUUUUAUUUUCUUAAUCAGUACAGUUUUAAAUUCUUUUUAAUAAAUGAUAAUCUAUUUAAGAACUAUCUGAAUCUAUUUUUAACAUCUCUUCAUUCAGAUAUUCUCCAUUUUCCCUUAAAUUAUGUCUUAGACUUCUUGCAUUAUCUGCAGCUUUCAUUUAUACUGUAAAGUUUUCAUACUGUAUCCAUCCCUUGUGUGUGUGUGUGUUUUUUUUUUUUUUUUUUUUAUUUUUUUAAAUUUUUUUUUUUUUUUAUUUUAUUUUUAUAAAAAAAUUUAAUUUUUAUUUAUAUAUAUAUAUUUUUUUUUUUUUUUUUUUUUUUUUUUUUUUUUUUUUUUUUUUUUUUUUUUUUUUAUUUUUUUUUUUUUUUUAUUUUUUUAUUUUUAUUUUAAAUUUUUUUUAUUUUUUCCUUUCUUUUUUUUUUUUUUUUUUUUUUUUUUUUUUUAUUGUUAUUUUUUUAAAUAUAUAUUCUUUUAAAAUUUAAUUUUAUAAAAAAAUUUAAUUGUUAUUUAUAUAUAUAUACCAUCUCCAUUGGUCCAGAUAUCCCCAUCACCACCCAAAAAAAACCCUAGAUUUUUAAUUUUUCAAUAAAUUAUUACCUCAUGCCCUUAGUAAAUGGAUUUAUAAAGAUGUCACCACUCAAAAAGUGAGGAAUUCUCCAGUUAGGAAUCUGCAUUGAGCCAUAUUUAAACCAAUGAUUAAUCAAUGUAUCCAUUAUAGAAAAUUUCAUCUGUGGCAACCCUGGUAUAUGUUGCAAUAAUAUUGUUUACAGGGAAUACACAAGGUCUGUGGUCUCCAUUCCAAGACUUACACAAAGGAGAGCUGAUCAAGAGGACAAAGUUUGCAAAUGCUCAAAAAGUGUGUUGUAUUUUUAUUCUUGGGCUACUAAGGUUAAUUCCUAGAAACAGAGAGACAUUAUUUUUAUAACUGUUUAACUGCCAACUCCCACUUUUCCUGGUACAAAAUUAGGCGAAGAUGUUGUGCUUGUACAAUUCUAGAUUCCACUGCAACACAAUAUUUACAUUCAGUGUUUUUGUUCAAUAUCCAUAUUAUUAUUAUCAUAUCAAUAAUUUAAAGUAUAGACCCUUUCAGAGUGAAAAAAACAAAAGAUGUUGGUAAGGUUUCCUAGAAAAAGAGCUUCUUACUAUCUGUUCAAGUUAUUUUAAAAGGUGAAGGAAAAAUAAAAGAGGCUGUUUGUCCUGUCAUAUGAUCUCUGAGUAACCCAUGAAUACAAACUGUCUUAAACUGUUCAAAAAGUGAUUCUUUAGAGCUGUUGAAGAUCAUACAAGUGCUCGUCCCAUUUCUUGCAGUCAAUGCAGUUAUUAAAACUACUGUAUAAAUUUAAGAUAUGGUCAGUAAUUAUGGAUUCUUAGAUUUCUUCUAUUUAUGGCAUCUUUCCAUCUUUUUGAGCCUGUUUGACUCUUUCAUACACUGCUGUUUGCCAGCUGGAACUGUGCUCAGCAAUGAUCUCCUUUUCCUUCAUAACUAUGUUGGCUUCCCUCAUGCUAUUUUUGCAAAUGUCCUUAAAUCGCAGCCGUGGCUAUUCAAUAAGUCUUGCCCAUUCUGCCAACUCUCCAUACAGCAGAUCCUUUGGAAUAUGGCCUUCCUCCAUUCUCCUGACAUGGCCUAACCAGUGGAGGCGCCUCUUUCUACGAGCUGAGAACAUGCUACACCUUUUGGCAUGAUCCAAAUCCUCUGUGUUAGACACUUUGUUCGCCAACCAAUUCGCAAUAUGCGAUGUAGACAUCUUUAGUGGAAGCUGUUGAGUUUUCAAUUAUGUGGUCCGUACUUCACUACGAUAUAGGGUUGUACUGAACACUCAUGCCUGACAGAUGUUUAAUUUUGUACUUUCAGUAAUUUUAGGAUUAUUCCGGUUAUUCAAAUCAGCCAUAGUUGCUGUUGCUUUUGCGAUCCUAAUGUUCACCUCUUUGUCAACUGAAAAUGUGCUAGAGAUAUUGAACCCAAAGCAUGUGAAAUUCUCAACUACUGACAGAUUAUGGCACUAAAUAGAUAUGUUUGGAGGGGACUAUGUUUCUUGCAUCAUGACAUUUGUUUUCUAUAGACUAAUGGUCAGACCAAAUUCUUUACAUACUGGCAGAGGUGGUUAAGUAACCGCUGCAGUCCUCCUUCUGUUAAGACAGCAUUGUAAGCAAACAGCCGUUCAGGAAUUAGCAUCUUUUUUUACCUUGGUCUUUGCAGGAAGGUGGGCGAUAUUGAAAAGCCUACCAACAGAUCUGGCUAUCUUUCAAAUAUUAACUUGUGGAUGACUAGUUUAAUAAGAUUUUCCUAAACAGAAACACCACUGAAACUUAGUAAGGGUAAAAUUUAAGGAUUCUUGUUUCUUAUGAUUAAUUUGAAUUAAUUUUUUAAACAGACUCAGAGUCAGAGUGGUGAAGAGAAGCAGAAGAAGCUUUUAAGAAUAGCAAUGGUGCUAGACAAAUCAAUG